AUGUCACAACCACAGCAGACCGAGAAGGACCAUCGGGAGCCAUCACCAAGUCUGCAAAAUGGUGUCGCGGCGCCGAAGGGCAUAGUUGGGGAGGAUGUGAACAAUAAGCAGCAAGGUGGAAUGAAAAGUUACCUGCGAGUUUUCUCAUAUGCCGACCGUACGAGCUGGAUACUGAACGUUAUCGCCUUCUUCGCUGCCAUUGGCGCUGGAGCAGUGCUUCCCCUGAUGGAUUUGAUUUUCGGCAAGUUCGUCACGACUUUCGUGAGGUUCUCGACAGGCGUGUUGACACCGGCCCAGUACCGGUCAGAAGUCAACAAAUACACGCUCUAUUUCCUGUACCUCUUUGUUGCCAAGUUUUGCCUUUUCUACGUGCAUUCUGUCUUGGUCUCUAUUGCCGCCAUCCGAACGACCAAAGCAUUACGAGUGGAUUUUGUCAAGGCCACGCUACGCCAAAACGUUGCCUACUUCGACUCGGCUGAAGCAGGCUCGGUCACUUCGCAGGUCACUACAAGUUCCAACAAUGUCAACAAUGGGAUUUCGGAGAAGUUGACGUUAACAAUCCAAGGGCUAUCGACGUUCGUCACGGCAUUCAUAAUCGCCUUCGCCGUCCAAUGGAAGCUUACUCUCAUCACAAUUUCGAUAAUCCCGACAAUCGUCGUCGCCGUCGGCAUCUGCCUUAGUUUCAUGACCAAGUGGGAGAAUGACAUGCUCAAUAUCUAUGGUCAAGCUGGCAAACUUGCCGAGGAAGUUUUCUCGACUAUGCGUACCGUGCACGCUUUCUGGCUCAACCCGCUCCUGUCCCGCAAGUUCGAUAAGUAUCUUUUGGAUGCACAAGCAAUUGGAAUGAAGAACAGUCCGGUUUAUGCGAUUUUAUUCUCUACGGAAUUCUUCUGCAUCUACAGUGCCUACGGUCUGGCCUUCUGGCGGGGUAUCCGUAUGUACAUUGGCGGGGAGAUAGGUCAACCCGGUCAAGUGUUUACUGUCGUUCUCGCCGUCAUUGUUGCAGCCACUGCGAUGAGUACCAUAGCACCGCAAAUCAUCACCUUGGGGAAAGGUGCAGCAGCCGCUGCUGAGCUAUUUCGGGUUAUCGACCGCGUUUCGGAAAUCGAUUCGCUCAGUGAAGAAGGAUACAGCCCUGCAAAUUGCGCUGGACGUGUGGAGAUUGAGGGCAUCCACUUCGCAUAUCCGGCCAGGCCAAACGUCCAGGUACUGAACGACUUCUCGCUUUCUGUUCCUGCAAACACUACCAUAGCCCUCGUCGGUGCGAGUGGGUCGGGAAAGAGUACUAUUGUUGGUUUAAUGGAGCGAUGGUACGACUCGAGCGUAGGCUCCAUCCUUCUCGACGGAACGAGGAUUCAAGACCUGAAUUUGAGAUGGCUGCGGACGAAUAUUCGAUUAGUGCAACAGGAGCCCGUCUUGUUCAGUGGCACUGUCUUCGAGAAUGUCGCAUGCGGUCUUUUUGGAACCGAGAUGGGCGAUCUUCCCGAAGACCAACAAAGAAAACUUGUAGAGGAGGCAUGCAAGUCAGCCUAUGCAGACGAGUUUGUGGAGCAACUUCCUAAGGGUUAUGACACACAAAUCGGCGAGCGCGCAAUGAUGCUUUCAGGUGGACAAAAACAGAGGCUUGCCAUUGCCCGCAGUAUCAUCUCAAAUCCUCAACUCUUGCUCCUCGAUGAAGCGACCAGUGCGCUGGACCCAAAAGCCGAAAAAAUGGUCCAACAAGCGUUAGAUAGUGUCAGCAGAAACCGCACGACGAUCGUCAUCGCGCACAAGCUCUCUACAAUCAAGAACGCCCACAAUAUUGCUGUCAUGUCCAAUGGCUCAGUGAUAGAACACGGCACGCACGAUGAGCUUAUAGAGAAGAAGGGGGCUUACGCAGGUCUUGUCGCCGCGCAGGAUCUCGGCAAGGCCGACGGGAAAGAAGAAGCAGUGCAAGACAACGAGGAUGAAGGCAAGCACGCUCUUGUACGAACCCAGACUCAGGUAUCGAUGCACAGCCAAGCUAUCACAAAAUCGGGCAAAGAUGGGAUCAAUUACAACCUAAUCAGCUGCAUCUUCAUCGUCUUCUGGGAGCACCGACGGCUAUGGCCAUAUUUUCUAAUCCUCAUCGCUGCAUCGUUGAUGGGAGGUGCCACAUACCCAGCUCAAGCUAUUAUCUUCGCGCGCAUCGCGAGAGCAUUCGAAGUACCAGCUGCUGAGGCCGUCGAUGAGGGCGACUUCUACUCGCUUAUGUUCUUUAUCGUGGCUAUAGGCAAUCUCAUCGCCUACUCACUCAUCGGAUGGUUCAGCAACAUUGUUGUACAGUACGUUUCGCGUGGCUAUCGACUGGAAAUAUUCAACCUUAUCCUCAAGCAAGACAUGGGUUUCUUCGACAGAGAAGAUAACGCAACCGGUGCACUGGUAUCCAAUCUCUCGAGCUAUCCGACUAGCCUACUGGAGCUCCUUGGUUUCAACGUUAUGCUCAUCUUCAUUAAUGUCAUCAGCGUGCUUUCGAGCUGCAUUCUUGCCCUCGCCGUGGGAUGGAAGCUAGGAUGUGCAGUCGCAUUCGGUGCGCUUCCACUUGUAGUAUUCUCAGGAUACCUUCGAAUACGCCUGGAGUUUAAGUUAGAAGAACAAAUCGGAAAGCGCUUCGGCAGUAGCGCGGCUUUGGCAUCCGAAGCCGUUUCUGCCAUUCGUACAGUUUCGUCACUGGCCCUAGAAAGACACAUCCUUGCGAGAUACGAGGAACGUCUCCAGGGUGUAGCGCGCCGCUCCAUGAAAUCCCUCUUCUGGACUAUGUUCUGGUAUUCGUUCACGCAGUCUAUAUCGUUCUUGGCGAUGGCGCUUGGAUUCUGGUACGGCGGUCAACUAAUCAGUCGUGGCGAGUAUACCACCACGCAGUUCUACACGGUCUUCAUCGCCGUCAUCUUCUCCGGCGAGGCGGCGGCUUCAUUCUUCUCAUACACGACCAGUAUGACAAAAGCAGCGACAGCAGCUAAUUACAUCUUCUGGCUUCGUCGCCAAAAACCAGUCGUUCAGGAAGAGCCCUCUAGACCGCCGUUCGAUGACGGCAAAGAGAAAGAUCCCGCGCAUAUGAAGGUCGAAAACGUAGAUUUUGCGUACGAUUCGCGACCCAGCGCCAAUGUUCUCAAGAACAUCGAUGUCGAUGUGAGACCUGGACAGUUUGUGGCCUUCGUUGGUGCCAGUGGAUGUGGAAAGAGCACAGCGAUCGCCCUCUUUGAGCGUUUCUACGACCCAACAUCUGGUCGCAUAACAUGCGACGGUAGCGCACUUUCGGACUUGUGUCCACGAAAGUACCGCAGCCACGUCUCGCUUGUCCAACAAGAGCCCGUGCUGUACCAAGGCACCGUUCGCGACAACAUCGCCAUGGGUGUUGGUGACGAGGUCACGGAUGCUCAAGUUGAAGGCGCGGCGAAGCAAUCUAACAUCUUCACCUUCAUCGCAUCUCUACCUGAUGGCUUUAACACACUCUGCGGAAGCCGUGGUACUCAGCUUUCCGGCGGGCAACGACAACGCAUAGCCAUCGCUCGCGCCCUAAUUCGCCAGCCCCGCUUGCUCCUUCUCGAUGAAGCUACUUCAGCGCUCGAUACCGAAUCCGAGAAGAUUGUACAGGCCGCACUUGAGAAAGCGAAGAGCGGAAGGACCACCAUCGCCGUCGCGCAUCGUCUAAGCACUAUCAAGGAUGCUGAUGCGAUAGUGGUCUUUUCCAGAGGAAGAAUAGCAGAGUUGGGCACGCAUAAAGAAUUACUGGGCAGAAGGGGAAUGUAUUAUGAGAUGAGCUUGGGACAAAGUUUAGACCGGAGCAUACCCGCAUAA